CGGAAGUUGGAGCGCGCGGAGCCGAGGUCCCCCAGCGGCGCCUAAUGUUCCUUCCUCAAGCCGAGGUCCCCGAGCGGCGCCUAAUGUUCCUUCCUUAGGCGUAAGGAAGGCGUUCCUUCCAGGACGUCUGAAGACUUGUGUUGCCUGAGGAAGCCCUGAAGUUGAGGAAGAGGAAAGAAAAGGAGUCAGGCAUGGCUCUUUCUCAGGAACAACUAACCUCUGAGGAUGUGGCCAUUGAAUUCACUCAGGAGGAGUGGGAAUUCCUGGACCCUGCUCAGAGAGCCUUGUACAGGGAUGUGAUGCUGGAGACCUACAGGAACCUGCUGUCUGUGGAUAUCUCUCCUACACAUGUGAUCAAGCAUUUACAACCCAAAGUGAACAGUGAUAAACGAGAGCCACUCCAAACAUUGAUGCUGGGAAGACCUGAAAGCUAUGAAAUCAAACGUUUUCAUCUUUGGGAAACUCAGGAAAAUAUGUGUGACUUUGAGUGUCAGGGGAGAGAUGACAAAAGAAAUUACAAAGGAACACCUGUAAGCCUUGAUGGAAAUGUGCCUGAUGGAAGAGAUUCACAUGAUAGAAAGGAUGCAAGAAUCAUGCUCUUUGGAAACAGGCUUGGGUUUAACUUUCAGGAUAAACUGCAGAUACUUCAAACUGGUGGGAUAACUUCUGAAUAUAACGAAGUUGAGAGGUCUGUCAACAACAGUUUGUCACUUUCACCACUUCAAAGAAGUCCUCCUUGUGUCCAAACCAGUGUUUCUAAUAUAUAUGGGGAUGAUUUUAUGAAUCCUUCAGUAAUAACACAAGACCUCAAAGCACACAGGGUAAAACCUUACAAAUGUGAUGAGUGUGGGAAAGCCUGUCUUAAGGGCUCAUGCCUCAUUAAACAUCAGGCCAUCCAUAUAAGAGAGAAAUCACAUAAAUGUGAAGUAUGUGACAAGUUGUUUGAUCAAAGUUCACAGCUUGCACGUCAUUUGAAAAUUCAUUCUGAAGUGAAAUGUUACAAAUGUAAUGAGUGUGGCAAAACUUUUAAUGAUAGCUCCACCCUUGCUAGACAUCAGAUAAUCCACUCAGGAGCAAACUUACAUAAGUGUGAUGUAUGUGAUAAAAUCUUUGGUCAGAAUUCAUUCCUUGUAAGUCAUCGGACUAUCCCUGCAAGAAAGAGAAGUUGCCAGUGUAAUGAGUGCGGCAAAACGUUUGCUGACAGCUCAAACCUCAGGAGACAUCAGAAAAUUCAUACAGGAGAGAAAUUAUUUAAAUGUGAUAUAUGUGACAAAGUCUUCAGCCAAAAUGCAUACCUUGCUGUUCAUCAGAGGGUUCAUACUGGAGAGAAACCUUACAAAUGUAAUGUGUGUGGCAAGCACUAUAGUCACUCUUCACAGUUCAGAAGGCAUAAGAGAUUUCAUACUGGAGAGAGACCUUACAAAUGUGAUGAGUGUGGAAAGACCUUUCGUGUAAAGUCAGUCCUUUUAAGGCAUCAGACCGUUCAUACUGGAGAGAAACCUUACAAUUGUGAUGAGUGUGGUAAGGCCUUUCGUGUAAAGUCAAUCCUUUUAAGGCAUCAGACAGUUCAUACUGGUGAGAAACCUUACAAAUGUGAUGAGUGUGGCAAGGCCUUUACUGACAGCUCAAACCUCAAGAAACAUCACAAAAUUCAUACAAGAAAGAAAUUAUUUAAAGGUGGUACGUCUGACAAAGUCUUUAGUGAAAAUGCACACCUUGCUGGUCAUCAGAGGGUUCAUACUGGAGAGAAACCUUACAAAUGUGAUGAGUGUGGCAAGCACUUUAGUCUACCUUCACAGUUGAUAAGUCAUAAGAGAUUUCAUACUGCCGAGAAACCUUACAAAUGUGAUGAGUGUGGCAAGGCCUUUCGUGUAAAGUCAGUCCUUUUAACUCAUCAGACAGUUCAUACUGGUGAGAAACCUUACAAAUGUGAUGAGUGUGGCAAGGCUUUUCGUGUAAAGUCAAUUCUUUUAAGUCAUCAGACAGUUCAUACUGGUGAGAAACCUUACAAAUGUGAUGAGUGUGGCAAGGCUUUUCGUGUAAAGUCAGUCCUUUUAAGUCAUCAAACAGUUCAUACUGGUGAGAAACCUUACAGAUGUGAUGAGUGUGGCAAGACCUUUACUUCCAGCUCACACCUCAGGAGACAUGAGAAAAUUCAUACAGGAAAGAAAUCAUUUAAAUGUGAUAUAUGUGACAAAGUCUUCAGCCGAAAUGAAUACCUUGCUGGUCAUCAGAGGGUUCAUACAGGAGAGAAACCUUACAAAUGUGAUGAGUGUGGCAAGCACUUUAGUCAGCCUUCACAGAUUAUAAGUCAUAAGAGAUUUCAUACUGGAGAGAAACCUUACAAAUGUGAUGAGUGUGGCAAAGCCUUUCGUGUAAAGUCAACCCUUUUAAGUCAUCAGACAGUUCAUACUGGUGAGAAACCUUACAAAUGUGAUGAGUGUGGAAAAGUCUUCGGUCAAAAACCACAUCUUCGCCUUCAUUGGAGAAUUCAUACUGGAGAGAGACCUUACAGAUGUAAUGAGUGUGGCAAGUUCUUCAGUCGAAAUUCACACCUUACAAGUCAUCGGAGAAUACAUAUAGAGAAACCUUUCAAAUGUUUUGAGUGUGGAAAAUCCUUUACUCAGGUCUCAGCACUCUCUAAACAUCAGAAAAUCCAUACAUGAGAGAAACUUAUAUGAAUGUGGUAUAUGGUAGAAGUGUUCAAAAUUCAAAGUUCAAACUUCACACCCUACUGUUGGCCAGAGAAUUCAUACUACUGAGAAACCAUACAAAUAUGAUGAGUGUGGCAACCUCUUAGGCUUCAUGAGAAAAUUCAUGCUGGAUAGAAACCAGAUAUGUAUUUAUUUGUUAGUCAGGUCUUUAGAACAUGAAUUCAUUCUAGAAAGAUUCCUCACCAGUUUCACAAAUGUGGGAAAAAAAAAAAACCCUGUCCUCACAGCUCACAUCUUGCCAGUAAUAUCAGAGUAUUUAUCCUGUAGAAAACACACAGCAAUGUAAUGUGUGUGACAAGGAUCUUACCCAAAAGUCACAAGAUAGGAACAUAAUGGAGCCAUACUUCCCAGACUCAGUGGUUGUGGCAAAUCUUUACCUUUUUCACUUUAUGUAUUCUCUGAUGACUUUAGUUCAGGUAGUCAGCAACUGUAAUAAGUCCAUAUUUGAAGAGAAGCUAUAGAGAUCUUUUUGUAUAAAAGAAACCCGAAUUUUAACUCCACAAAGAUGAUUCUUUGGGACAGUAAUCCAGCAUCUUUUUGGUCUCCUGGCUUUCUGAAUAAAGUCAAUAUUCCCUGCCCAACAAGUAAUCUCUCAGUUUUUUGGCCUGUUGCAUGGUGAGCUCUAAGAGCUUGGCUUUGGUAAUACAUUGAUCAAACGCAUUUGCUACAUGUGUUUCAUGAUGGUCUCUGGGAAGGAAUCAGUGAGAUGAAGGGGCCAACUUCAUUAGGUACGAUUCAUUCAGAUCCGUGUUUUCUGGAAAAACACACAGCGUGAAUUAUGAAAUUCAGUAGUGUGUGUGAAUUAGGAACAGGGAGGGCAGAAAAUAAUGUAAACCUAAGACAUGACUCAUCAUGGUCAGUAGGAUCUGGAAGCCUUUCCAUACAUAGUCCAGCCUGUUAUAAAACAUAAUAUUCUACGAACUGUACUUGAGAAGAGUAGUCAAGAUGUUAAAAGGACUGGGCUUUUCGUAGGAGGAGAGGGACAGUGACCAGGGACCAAUGGUGUGCUAGGAACAAUGCAUAGGAAAAGGGUCAUGUUCUCCAUUGGAUAGAAAUAACUGUUGUAUGUAUGAUUAAAGAAGAGUUACUCUUAUUUAUGAAAAUUGAAGACAGAGCUGUCCCGGUCUUUGUAGACUGGGACCUGGGGACUGGAGUCAACAAGAAGAGGGACGCAGGGGACCCAAGUCUCGAGUGAGACAAGGGUGCUUUAUUUGCAGAAACGCAUGGUUAUGUAUCUUCAUACAAGGCAGCUUUAAGGCAGUAAAAAAAUUGAGCAGAAACAAAGCCAAGCAAAUAAUAAUCUUCAAAGGCCCAGAAAGCGUUCCAUAUUCUGAGUAAGAGGGGCAUAACUGAAUAGAUUACCUUUAAGUAAAAGUUCACUGAAGGGAGUCACUGAAAGGAAUCCAAGCAGGUGCCCUUUCUCAUGAUCUCAGUCCUGAGAACUGCGUGCAGCUCUGCUCUUUCCUGUUUUCCAGGAACUGAAAAGGAAUAGAGAGUCCUUGAGAAAUGGCCCACAGAAGAAGAAAAUAACAUAUUGGAUCCCUUAAAGUUGAAUGUCCCCUGACAGUUCACCCUUUUUUAUUAUUUCAGGAUUGGGGGUGACUGUUGAUACUUUUUGUGGAAAAGGCCCUGACCAAUUGAGUUUGUUUAGUUUGAACAAUUUUAGUUAAAGGCAUUGGUUUAUUACAAGUGUAAUCACCAGGAUAAUUAUCAGUGUUAAUAGUUCCAGAUCCAAUACUAUAUGUAAUGCCUUGAAACCAUCUUCGAGGGUCUAGCCCAGAUAAUUGAGCAGCGAGCUGUUCAGUUAAGGUUUCCAAAUUGUUGGAAGAGGGUAGACUCUGAGAGAAGGUUUCAAGGAUUUCCUUUUGCAGCAAUUGUACAUGUGAGGAAGCAUUGUCAUGUAUAUCUUACAAAUGAAAUUUGAUUUGUUCCGAAUUGUAAGCACUAUGGUUGAACCGAAGAGGAGUGAUACAAAAUUGAGUAGAAUUCCAAUCAAUUUAAUAAUGCUUGUUUGUGUGAAUCUAUUAAUUGAUCUCCAGCCCAUUGGAUGGCUGUUUUUAAUUCCUGAAUUUUAUCUUGAAGUUUUUCGUCUAUCUGAACCUGAGUGACCCAUAUAGUAUGAGCAUCUUUAGUCCAAUUUUGAAUAAAGUUUUGUGUUUGAUUUGAAGUUUGUAAAGCAAUGUCUGUGACAGCAACAGUGAUGCCAAUGGCUAUCAACCCCAAAAUGCCAAGAAUCAACCAUCUCGUUGCAGUAAUUUAGUGAGUAACUGGGAGGCAGGUCUUGCCAUUGGACCCUCUUUCCAGGGUAUUGGCGAUCUCCUGGCAACCACAGACUACAUCGAGAUCAAAAAUCAAAAGGGAUUUUUUAGAGAAAUAGAGAAAUUAAGACAAGCAUACAAUUUGCAGUGUAUAUAAGCCUCAGAACAUAAAGUCUUAUUAAAUUUUAAGUUUCCUAUGGCUAUAACAAAAGGAAGGGGAACACAAGCUUGUAUAAAAUAUGAAUGAUUAUA